AUGGCCAACACUGCAGACGUGAUAAUUCUGUCGUCCUCUCCAAUUGCACCACAUCCGCCAGGGCCAGACAGGAGAGAUGAGAAUGUGGCCUCUGAACUAUCGCCACGAGACACAACACCAACACCAACGUCCUCCACCGUGACCAAAUCUCAGACGCGUUCCCGGUUCUUUCCCACCCCAGUUGCAAGUGACAAGGACCCCAAGACCGCAAAGCAACAUAAAAAGCGAACCACAAAAAAAACUGCGGUUUCAAAGACCGAUGACCAGGAUGUACCGAAGAAAUCACAGGGAAAAGCGAAAAAGGGAACAACUGAGCCAGUUGCAAUUGCGCAAAAGGAUCCCUCAGUGGUGCCUGUGAACCCAAAAGGUGAUGGGGCAAAGCCGACUAGAGGUCGUCCUCGAAAAACCGCGAAAGGCAAGGAACCAGUAAACAAGACAUUGGCCGGUAAAAUUACCAAGGCGAGUGGCGAUCUACCACCAAAAAAGUCCGCCAAAAGCGCGAGGAAGGUGACCGGCACGAGAUCACCACCACCAGAAGAUGUUGCAAAGCAAUCUGGUCUCAAGGAACCCAUCGCUUUGGGUAAAGAUGAAGUAUUGCACUUGGAUGAGGCAACGAGAAGAAGGCUUGAUUGGACACCACCAAGGGAUACUGCCUGCGAGGGAAUUGCUCCCGUGGAAGCCGGCGACAAUGUAAAUGAGGGCUAUGGUCUCGAUACCACAGCUGGAUUUGGAAAGCUGCUGUCCGAUUACAACUACUUGGGAAUAGCGUCAAACCCUCAUGACCUUGUGCAGAAUUCAAACGCCGGAGGACCAACAAAACGUCGACGGAUAGAUCUGGUAGAUCAUCAAGUUCAGUCAAUGCCAAAUGGGAAGUCCGGUUCAACAGAGCAGUCAUCUGCCCAAGGCGAAGAGGAUGCUGGGAAACCCAAAAAGACAACCAAGAGCAAACCUAAGAAGUUUACCACAUUGACUGCUCGGAUGACUGCGCAGUAUGCAGCAAACGAUGCAGAAGAGGAUGGGUCGACAAUCGACUGCACCCCAGACAAGAGAACAACGAAAAGCAGACGAUCAAAGGCCAAAAAGCUCGCCGAAGAGCCUGCGUUUACCAUCCUUUCACCAGAAGCUGCUGUGGAUUUUGUGAAUAACCAGGAUCUCAUGUUUGGGACCUGCAGUCAAUUGGAAAGAGAGGAUUCCCCGCAGACGCUGCGAGAAAUGCAAGAAGCCAUCCGCGCUUCGGAAAGCCUGUCGUACUCAGUGGGCACGCGCGACCCUAACAGCAACCCUGCAACACAGGAACCAUCAAUUCGAUCUGUAUCAAGGGUGGCAGGCACAAGGAAUCUUUGGUGUAUUGCUGCCAGAGAUACUGAGGGGUCUUUGAUUCAAUCAAAGGCACUUAAUGUGGUCGAUUUGACGGAUCUGGCCGAGUCUACACCACAGAAAAGUUCCGACAAAGUGGACAAAGCACUGCAUAGACCUCUUCCGAAGGAUUGGUUUGAGCAUGAGUUCUCAGACAUUGAUUCGCCACCAGAAAAGAGACCGGUGUCGUCAAUACUGAGUGGCAAGGCUUCGGUCUCAGCCCCGCAGUGUCCAGCUCCAGCUCCAGCUCCAGCUCAGGCUGUAGCACUGGAACCUGAGUCGACCAUUACAGCUACAAUCACAAAGCCUGUCAAGAAAGCUGCAAAUCCUCCCAUCGAGGUGGUCAAUAACAAGCCAGCUGACUCGCAGGCGCUCCAGAUGCCUCAAUAUACUGGGUUUACAGACGCAGAGCUGUCUAAACAGAUUGCUGCCUUUGGUUUCAAGGCCGUCAGGGGCCGCAAGAAAAUGAUCGAUCUCCUCCAACAAUGCUGGGAGUCGAAACACGGCAGUAAUGCUAGCCGUCAAAUCGGUGAACAAGCCGCAUCCGUUCCGGGAAAGAACGGUAAUCCAAAAUUGGCCUCAGAUCCGAUGCCAAAGGCGAAGGUGAAGCCCAAAUAUGGGGCAGCCACGAACGCCAAAAAGUCGGCCGAGACAAUUAGCUCAACCUCUACUUUCCGAACGAACCUUCAGGCAAGCCCCUCAAAAUCUUCGGGGGGUAAACCUACCACCAGAACCUCCACAUCUUUAAUCGAUGUAGAAGAGAUUCAAGACUCGGAAGAAGAAAUAACACCGUCUCCAAGCCAAGUACAAAAGCAUUACAACGCCAUCUAUUCGAAGAAAAAGGGAGGCAGCCGAGUGCCCGAGCACUCUUUGAACAUACUCACCAAAUCGCCGCCACCAAGCCCAACCAACCCCAAGGUCGUUUCAUCUACAACUCGAGUCACAAAAGAAUCAUCUUCUGCAUCUAUCAAAACAUCUCGCACGACCAAAUUUCCAGAGCAAGUCAGUCUCGCAGAUAUUUCUGCGCAGAUCACAAAAGCUGUUCGCGUUCAACCUCGACUCUCGCCGCUAUCUUCAUCACUUGGUAGCCGUCGCAAACUGACAUGGCAUGAGAGGAUACUCAUGUACGACCCCAUCGUUCUAGAGGAUUUCACAGCAUGGCUCAAUAUCGAGGGGCUGGGGCUUGUCGGCGAAGAUCGAGAAAUUGGCACAGGGUCUGUCAGGGAGUGGUGCGAAAGCAAAGGGAUAUGUUGCUGUUGGAAGAAAAAUGCAAGUUGGUAG